AUCUAUAAACGCGCACCCAUAAACCCUAGCCUCUCCGCCUCUCGCAUUUUGCCCUGCCGUUUCCUCACAGAGAGAGAGAGAGAGGGAAGAUGAAGUACAAUCCUAGAGUCUCCAGCUCUCGCCGCAAGAGUAGGAAGGCCCACUUCACGGCGCCGUCGAGCGUGAGGCGCGUGCUGAUGAGCGCCCCGCUCUCGAACGACCUGAGGAGCAAGUACAACGUCCGGUCGAUGCCAGUGCGCAAGGACGACGAGAUCCAGGUCGUGCGCGGAACCUUCAAGGGCCGUGAGGGAAAGGUGGUCCAGGUGUACCGCCGGAAGUGGGUCAUCCACAUCGAGCGGAUCACCCGUGAGAAGGUGAACGGCUCCACUGUCAACGUCGGCAUCAACCCCUCCAAGGUGGUCAUCACUAAGCUCCGUCUCGACAAGGACCGCAAGUCCCUUCUUGAUCGCAAGGCCAAGGGUCGCUCCGCUGCUGACAAGGACAAGGGCUCCAAGUUCACCGCCGAGGAUAUCAUGCAGACCGUCGAUUAAUUCAAUAAAUCGGUGAAGCAGUUUUCUGGACUACAAAUUUAUGUUUUUUUUUUGUGUUUAUUUAUAUUGUUUUAGCUAGGUUGUUUUGUUGUCGAUGGGGUUACUAAGAGGAAGAGUACGUUGUUACAUUUAGUAUGCUUUUAACUGUUGUGUUGGAUCUGGAUAUUUAGGUCUCUCAGUGACCUGGAUUUUGAGGUUUUUAUCGAUCAAUGCGAUAUUUCUGGGUUUCUGCUGAUAA